ACGAAACAUAACUCAAAACAAACGCGACAAAAUGAAUUGUUGCCCUCCCUUUUACUCUCACGCUCGCCAGCUCUUGCUCAUGGAAAGUAUCCACAUGUGGCUAAAGCGGCUAUAAUAUCGCUUUCAGUUCCAUUCUGUGGUGCUGAGCGCGCGGACGCAUUGUAAACAGAGUCCACACACCAGCCAGAAGCGAAUAGAAAACAAAGGCAAAAACAAAUAAAAACCAGGACUGUCUAAAUAAAUAACUUAAAAUUAUACAUAUGUAUGUCUGUCCGCUUGUGUGUGCGCGUGCAUUUUGUUUAGUUCCUAGCUACAACUAUUGUAACAGGAAAUUGUAGUAUAAAACGAAUUCUUAAGUUCCAUUCGAGUGCAGUUCGUGAGUGCGUUAAAGAACCCUGAUUAGCUAUAAACAAAAGGCUAAAAAACAACGCUAAGUAAAAUAACAGAGGAAAGAACGAGUGAAGCGACGCCUACGCGUUCUGGUUCGUAUACCGUAGCAACAGCGGCUGGCACAUCGUUUAAGGGCAACAAGUUCCCAGGAGAUCAGAAAUCAUAGACAGGGCUGCACGAUGUCGUCUUGUCUGCGUCUGCAGUUGGCGCUCGGCGUCCUUGUGCUCGCCCUGACUGGCGUGACGGUGCACGGCGAGGUAUACACAGCGCUGGCUGAGAUGGAGGAACUGCUUGAGACUGAAUCUGUUUUGAUAAACAAUCUGGAAGGCUACAUCCGCGUGCAGGAGGACCGCCUAAGCUAUCUGAAGAACAAAAUGGAUGAGUACCAAAGAGAGCAUGCGGAUGCGGCUAGCGAUAUAACUGCCUACGUAUCGAACCCCAUCAAUGCGUAUUUAUUGACCAAGCGCCUGACCACAGACUGGCGGCAGGUGGAGAAUCUGAUGGGACACGAGGUGGGCGCAGAUUUUGUGCAAAAUCUCACGCAAUAUCGCAAUGUGCUGAAGUUCCCAUCGGACGAGGACCUCAAUGGGGCUGCUGUGGCGCUGCUCCGCCUACAGGAUACUUACCAGCUGGACACGUCCAGUGUGGCACGUGGCAAGCUGAACGGCAUACAGUACAGCACGGCAAUGUCGUCGGAUGACUGCUUCGAGUUGGGCCGCCAGUCGUACGUUAAUCGGGACUACUACCAUACGGUGCUCUGGAUGAACGAGGCCAUGGCACGCAUGCUGGAGGAGCCGCACAACCAAACGCAAAGCUUCACGCGUGCUGAUGUCCUCGAAUACCUCGCCUUCAGCACCUACAAGCAGGGCAAUGUGGAGAGUGCACUCACCAUGACGAACGAGCUGCUGCAAUUGCUGCCCGACCACGAACGGGCCAAUGGUAACAAGAAGUUCUACGAGAAGGAAAUUGCCCAACUGAAGGAGAUGCGAAAGAUGAAAGGCGACGACGGCUCCGAUGCCAUGCCCAUUUCCGAUCUGCCCGUGGCCAAGAGUGAUCCCGGCAUCUUUGACAUGACCGAACGUAAGUCCUACGAAAUGCUCUGUCGCGGCGAGCUUAAGCCUUCGCCCUCCGUCCUUCGUCCACUGCGCUGUCGUUACGUAAGCAACAAUGUGCCAUUUUUAAGGCUGGCGCCGCUUAAGCUGGAGGAGGCCUUCAUGGAUCCCUACAUAGUAAUAUAUCACGACGCCAUGUACGACAGCGAGAUUGAAGUACUGAAGCGCAUGGCGCGUCCUCGUUUCCGCCGCGCCACCGUCCAGAACUCGGUGACAGGCGCCCUUGAAACGGCCAACUACCGCAUCAGUAAAUCCGCCUGGCUUAAGACUGCCGAGCAUCGCGUCAUCGGCACAGUGGUGCAGCGCACCGCCGACAUGAGUGGCCUCGACAUGGACUCCGCCGAGGAGCUGCAAGUGGUUAACUACGGCAUUGGCGGCCAUUACGAGCCGCACUUUGAUUUUGCACGACGCGAGGAGAUACGGGCCUUCGAAGGCCUCAAUCUGGGCAAUCGCAUUGCUACAAUGUUGUUCUACAUGAGCGACGUGGAGCAGGGUGGUGCUACAGUCUUCACCUCGGUGCAUGCGGUGUUGUGGCCCAAAAAGGGUACGGCUGCAUUUUGGAUGAAUCUGCAUCGCUCCGGCGAAGGAGAUGUACGAACGCGACAUGCGGCGUGUCCCGUGCUCACAGGCAGCAAAUGGGUGUCGAACAAGUGGAUACAUGAACGUGGCCAGGAGUUCAGGAGACCCUGUGACCUGGUUGCGGAUCAUGGUGAUUUUGCCAUCUAGUGAAAACUCUGAAGCUGUUGCUGGAAUCUCAUUUACCAGCUGCCCUUGCUCCUACUUCUACUUCUACUUACUUUGCGCUCUAACAUAUCUCUAAGGACUUGCUAGCCGUACAACAUAAAUUCUGUUCCUAUUGUAAAUAUUCAACUACAACAUCUAAAAUUUGGAACACCGGCUGCUAACAACCCACAUUUCUUUCAACUACAUACCAUUACUUGGCAUUAGUGUUAUUUUAGGCAUGCUAUUAUUCAAUUUACUCAUUUUUGUACAAAAUAUAAGAAACAAAAGCUAGAAAUAAUCACAAUGAAAUGAUGCGAUCAAUGAGAAU